GGUGCGGCAUCGAAAGUGAAGAGACCGUGCAACUUAGCUUUUUUCUUCCAAGAUAAGCUAUUCUUGAUUGUGAGAUAAGUUAAGAAAGACAAUCUUUUUAAUGGUUUAAUGAAGCAGAAUUGGUGUGUAGUAAAUGAAUGAACCAAAUGCCAUGGGACAUGGUUCAUCCAACUAGAGAAAUAGUAGUAGACAUGUAAUUUAGUGCACAAAUAUGUCUGUUCUGUCUAUCUGACAGGAAAGAUACUGCAAAUGUUGUAGAUUGAUCAUGUGGUAAUUGGUUAAAUACUUAAAUUUGCUUAUCAACAUGAAUAAAUUGCUGAAAUCGAUAUGCAUUUCAUAUAAGUUGAACUGAUGUGGUGAAAAGUACUCGAUAAUGGAUGAUUUCUAUGUUACAUGAACUAAAGAGUGAAUUGCUUGGUUACAGUAAACAAAACUGAGCCACCAAUAAAGGUGGUUUUUUGAGUUUUGGGCUCAUAUUUUGCUCCUCAUCCUUACUAGUUUGGCUAAUGUUUGUUGAGCAGCCAAAGUUUGAGCAUGGUUAGACCCAGCAUUACAGUUUGGAUACUAAUGCAGGUUCUGCAAAGAUCCUCUCCGAAGAAUUCAGGAUUAGCCACUGCGUUGUUUAUUGGAGUUUUAAGGCUACUGUAUUCGGAGUCUCUACUUUCUUAUCUUUGUCUGCUUUGUUUAUUGGAGUUUUUUUUGUGUGAGUUUGAUAUUAACAAGUUCCGAUAGUAGUACUCUGCGUAUAAAAAAUCCAAUUUUUUGGUUCUUGAUUUGAUUAUUUCUAUUGCAAUUGAUCAUUAUAAGUAGGUGCUUCUUUGUCAUGACCCUCAACUAAGCAUUUAUCGCUACUUUACAAAGUAUGUAUGCUGACAUGAAAGAAAGCCAGUCCUAAAGAUAGACUGCUCCAUUGAUAGUUUUGGGUCAUCAAGAUAGACUGCUCCUUUUGCUCAAGUACAGAAUUAACCUCUUGUUCCUGAAUUCUUCUGCUAUAGCUUCAGUGACAGAUCUUUGCAAAUUUCUGGUUAUAUGUGACUUGUGAGAGUGUAGUCACUCCUUUGUAUACAAGAUAAUACAAUGGAUUAUGUCAAUAAGAUAGUGAGAAGAAUAUAUACAUUGAACUUUGUUGUUAACAGUGACAUCAUUUAGGCCUCUAAAUACAUUAACCCCCCGUGCGCGCGCGCUUUGUACCUCUUUUUGAAUGAUAUAUUAAAGUUGCUAACUUUGGAUUGAUUUCUGGGAAAUGUCAAAAUUGCAGUGUCUAUCAAUCACACAAAUAGAUAUUAUAUUCUUCAUGUCAUCAAAAUUUCUCAUUACACUCGGAGAAUCGAAGGAGUAUGAGAUACAAUUUCGAGGAGGAGGAUGGUGGCCGUCAAUCUGAAGAUGUGGAAUGGCUACCCUUACAACACCACCCAGUCUUUUCUACUCCGCCGGACAGGGAUAGGGAUGGAGACAGGGCCUUGACAAUGCCCAAAAAUCUUUUAGCUUGCGACGGAGCUUCUCGUCUCUACUUUUGGGACUCUUACAAAACCUGUCUGCAUCGACUCUCUGUUCGAUUUGGUGAACCUGAUCCUACUUCCCUCCUUGCAGCUUCUCCCUCUAAGGUACUGCAAGCUGAUGUGCAAUUGAAUUCUGAGGUUCAGCGAAUUUCCAUUAACAGAAAUGGAUCAGCACUUUUCCUAGUUGGUUUGGAUGGUUUAUACGUCAUGUAUCUCUAUGGGAGGUCUUCGACAAAAGAAAAUACAAUUAUUUGCCGGACAGUUCUAGUUGGUUCAGAGAUCUACUUUGACAGAAACAAGUCAAUACGCACGUUGAAGGUUUGUUGGCACCCUUACAGUGACACCCAUCUUGGAAUUCUCUCUUCUGAUUCGGUUUUCAGGGUUUUUGAUUUGUCUUCGGCCCUUGGCCAGCCAGAGCAGGAGUAUUAUCUACAGCCCGUGGAGCCUGGCAGUUCGCACAAUGCUACAGCAAUCUGCCCUGUCGAUUUUUCUUUUGGGGGUGAUCAUAUGUGGGACAGGUUCAGUGUUUUCGUCUUGUUUAGUGAUGGCUCAGUUUACAUCCUAUGUCCUGUUGUUCCAUUUGGAAGUGUGUACAAAUGGGAAUCUGUACUGGAGUUAUAUAGUGAUGCUCACAUGUUUGGUCUGAAAUCAGCAAAUUCAAAAGCUGUGAAAAACUCAAAUUUGGCAAUCUCUUGGUUGGGAGCAACAUUUCCUGAACUAACUCGGAAAGAAGUUCAUGCAGAAAAUGCUGCUGUUCUUAGAGCUCAACCUUAUGCUUUAUUUGAUGCUUCAAUCUCAUUACAGGGACCUUUACGUAAAGUAAGUCAUGGUGUUGAAGAUGACUCAGUUCAUCCUCCAGUUUGUGAAGGGCGUGCUGUCAGUUUUCUUUAUGAUUUAGUUAGCAAAGAUUCUAUCCUAGUAACUGCUUGGAGUAGGGGGCAGUUGCAGAUAGAUGCUUUAGCUGAUGAAGUACAGCCUGUCUGGAAGGUUGGUAGUCCACCUCGGGUAUGUCUGGAUUCAACUGAUAGUAUAGUUGGCCUUGCAAUGAUUUGCGAGUCAUUGUCGAGUGACACCUCCAUUUUGAAGCUUGAUCUGCCACCAGAUCAUACUUUAUGGUUGGGGCAUCCACCUCCUCUUUUGAGGUUGGCUAUUGUGGAUUUAGCUCUGCCCAGAAGAAGCAGUUCUGUUUUAUCAAUGUUUGUUGAUCCCAUUAUUUCAGAAAGAAUAUAUUGCCUUCAUGAAGGAGGAGUUGAUUCAGUAGUGUUGCACUUUUUGCCUUUCACUAAUCAGACUCGUGGCAAAGAAGACAUGAUGAGAAGUCCCUCUGUGCAUCCUGUUCUUAGCACUUUCCAAGGAGAAGCAUCCUCAGCCAUCCCACUUUCUGGUUUCUUGGCUCUAUCAGAUUCUUUUGGAGAUUCAUGGAUUGUGGGUCUUACCCCUUCUAAUGAGUGUAUAGUGGUUGAGAUGGAGACUUGGAAUACACUUCUUCCCCCAAUUAUUGAUAAGGUUGACAAACUCAUAGGUGCAGAAGUGCCAAAAGAUACAGAUUCUACUAUCAUAAGCAAAGAGCUCCUUACUGGACCCAGGGUAGUUCUUUUCCCCCCUUCAUCACCUCAUUUGCGCUCAGUUGCUGCGGAUUCAAUUGAAGGCCGAUCAACCCUUCAUCAAUAUUUCAAGCUUUUUCAUGAAAACUAUGUGGAAUAUGCCCACAAGGUGUACUUUGAGCUUCAACAUCAUGCACCUCAUGUAAAAAAGAUCCUCGAUGAUCAGCAUUCUCGAUUAUGUAAAGCACAGAAAAAGAUUUUGGAAGUUGAAAGGAAACAGGAAAACAUCGAGGAUCGUGUUGAGCAUGCAGUUCAGUUUCACGGUGAGCUAGAAGAGUGCUUGCAAAGCCUGAGACACCUGCCGGCAGCACAUAAGAGAUCUCUAUCUAAAGCUGAACGCGAGUUUAAGUCUGAACUUGACAGAUUUAGGGGAGUGGAGUUGGAUGCUCUACGCUCUUCUAUUGAAGCAGUAAAUGCCAGGUUGAAAAGAUACACACAUUCUCUACAGGCCAACCGAUCAAAUGAAGAGCGACAAGUAUCAGUAAGGAGAAUAAGGCAUGUCGAAGAAAAUGAAAUGUCACUGCUUAAAGCAUCACUUGAAAAGCUGUCAGUCGUGAACAGUGAAAAUGCAAAGAAGGUUAAAGUAGUUGAAUCGGCGCUGAAAGGCCGUGAAAUAGGCACUUGAUGAUCGUAUGUUGAUAUUUGCUUGUGAUGCACAAGUCAAAAGUUGUUGAUACCCAACUUGAUUGCCUUUGUGACUAGUAAGUGUGUUAUUGCCAAAAUUAUAUCAUUCUCUUAACUGAAAUUACGAGUCGAAGUAGGUUACUGGUGCAAAAGCAAUUUGUAUAUGCAGACAUCAAUGACAUGAGCAUUGAAAGUAGCUUUAGGCCUUUUAUUAAUUUCCCCCAGAUUAUUCGUUUUUUAUUUAAACCUAAGCACACCGUUUUAGGUUGAUUUUUCA